AUGGGCGUCCUGCAACCCCGACGUCGCGAUUCUCGCACAUCCGUCUUGUCUCGUAACCUGAUGUUUGAUCGUGACCAAGGGAUGGCUUUGUCCCCAGAGUCACUGGUGGAACAUGCAAACCUGGCCAGCUCUCCCGGUCCAAUAGGCGCCGAAGCCUCAAGUUACAGUGGAUCAAGACGAACCCCCAGUCGAUCUUUCUACCACCGGUCAUUUAACAACAACAAUAUGGAUCCGGCACAUUAUGCCUCAGACGGUCUUCGCGACCAGACCGCCGAGCUCGCAACCUACGGCCUAUCAUUGAACAAAAAGUCCAUCUUGCGGGACGGCCCAGGCCUCCCACCUGGUCUGGAUAUAUUCCACGGCAGUCAGCAUUCGGCAGAUUUCUCCCAGGAUGAAGCCUCCAGUUCUCAUACGGCCCUGGGGGAGGCGUUGGAUCCUGGUUCUUCCUCUGUUGACCCUACAUCGGCCUCUUCGGCUCUCACAGAAAUGAUUCGCCGUCCUUCAGCUGUGCUAGAUGAUGAAGUCACACCAUCUGCGACGGAGGAGGUGUCGUUUCCGCCCCCGCCUACUAUAUAUGAAGCACCCGAAGGAAAUACCGAGCACACCUCGCUAUUAUCCAAGUCACGAUCUAAAUCUACACAGAAUUAUGGAAGUGCUGGGGAUAUUGAGAAUCAGCGUGAUGUCACUCGGUCUCCGAACUUCUUGACAAAGGGUGUUUCUUCGGUGGCCAAAUACUCCAGGGCUCUGGCUAGCCCGAAGUCAUGGGACAGGCAUGCGAUAUGGCAGGAAGCUGUGGUCCGUCCAGCUAGUCUGGUACCUGCAGUACUGCUGGGACUUCUACUGAACAUUCUGGACGCAUUAUCGUAUGGAAUGAUCUUGUUCCCUCUGGGAGAACCGCUUUUCUCCCACCUAGGAACCGAUGGUAUCUCGAUGUUCUACGUCAGUACCAUUAUCUCCCAAGUUGUCUUUUCCUGUGGAGGGUCAAUCUUCAAAGGUGGAGUUGGAAGCGAGAUGAUUGAAGUAGUGCCCUUUUUCCACCAGAUGGCAUUCACAAUCAUGAACUCGAUCGGCAAAGACAACCCCAAAUCUGUCAUUGCAACAACUAUCCUAGCCUUUUCUGUCAGUUCAGUGCUGACUGGCUUGGUCUUCUUCUUGAUGGGUGUGUGUGGGCUGGGCUCGCUCAUCGGUUUCUUCCCUCGCCAUAUUCUGAUCGGCUGUAUCGGUGGUGUGGGUUACUUCCUUCUGGCGACUGGUGUUGAGGUCUCGGCUCGACUUCCUGGGACAUUGGAGUAUAAUCUACAGACACUGCAGAAACUGUUCCAGCUCGACACAUUCCCUCUUUGGAUCAUUCCUCUGUCUCUCGCAAUUGGCCUCCUUGUCUUGAAAAGGUUCGUUCGCUCGAACUUUUUGGUUGGGGGCUACUUCAUUGCGGUUGCAGCUGUAUUCUACAUUGUCAUUCUGAGCGCGAGAAUCUCCAUGCUUACCUUGCAUCAGAAGGGUUGGGUCUUUGAUGCUCCAUCUUCUAACAAUCCUUGGUAUCAUUUCUACACGCUUUACGAUCUCUCCGCGGUCAAUUGGACUGCCUUCAGCGAGACGAUUCCGGCCAUGUUUGCACUAACCUUCUUUGGUGUGCUUCAUGUGCCUAUCAACGUUCCGGCUUUGGGAAUCUCUACCGGUGAAGACAAUCUUAACGUUGACAGAGAGCUCGUGGCGCAUGGUGUGACCAAUGCUCUUUCUGGAUUCGCUGGGAGUAUCCAGAAUUACCUUGUUUACACCAACAGUCUUCUUUUCAUUGCCAGCGGCGGAGAAUCUCGCUUGGCGGGUUUGAUGUUAGCUGGAGCAACGGCUGGUAUCAUGGUCAUUGGUCCUGUCAUUAUUGGAUAUAUUCCAGUGAUGGUUGUGGGUGCUUUGAUCUUCUUACUGGGUGUUGAGCUGUUGCAGGAAGCCUUGGUUGAUACUUGGGGAAAGCUUACCCGACUUGAAUACUUAACUGUUGUCAUUAUUGUCGUCACUAUGGGUGCUUGGGACUUCGUGGUUGGAAUUUUUGUUGGAAUCAUCCUGGCAUGCGUGAACUUUGUCGUCCAGACGUCCCGCAAGUCCGCCAUUCGAGCCACCUUCUCCGGCGAGACCGCAGGAUCCACCGUCCGACGACCUCCCAUUCAGCAGCAAUUCUUGCACGAAGCUGGACAGCAGACAUUAAUCAUUAAGCUUGGUGGCUACCUCUUUUUUGGAACAAUUGUCGAUGUCGAGAAUACCCUGCGCGGCCUCAUCGAAAAAGAAGCAUUCGAUCGACGUCCUAUUCGGUUCCUCAUCCUCGACUUCUCCCGAGUCUACGGCCUCGAUUUCUCCGCCGCCGAAGCCUUCACCCGCAUCAAUCGGGUCCUGAAGAAGCGCCACGUGCAAACAACCAUCUCAGGCCUGAACCUUGAAGGCGACGUAGGCAAGAGUCUUCAAAACGUCGGACUUUUCGAAUCCGACUCCGGCGUACCAAUCUUCGAAGACCUAAACUCAGCCCUCGAAUUCUGCGAGAACGACUACCUCAAAGUCUUUUAUAGCCGCCAAGAAGCCCUCCUAACCCCAACUGCGCCCUCCACACCCUCAACCCUCCUCCAAGUCCCCGUCCCAGUCCCCCAACCCCAAACCCUAUCCGACACAAUCGUCAGCUCCCCGCGAGGCCAAUAUCUACAACGUGUAGCAACAAGCACAAUCCGUGAACAUGAAACAGCAAUGAUGGUCUCCCCAGCCUGGUCAGCAAUGCGCCAACCUCUUUCCCUCCUCCUCCAAACCUUCCAAGGUCUCUCUAACCAAAAUGAGGACUUUUGGUUCCCAGCCUGCUCUUACUUCACUCGCGAGUCCUACCCAGCAGGCGAAGUCCUCUACCACGAAGGCGACGCCCCGCGCGCCUUUUACCUGCUCGAAUCUGGCAUGUUACGCGCAGGAUAUGAUCUGCCUCAAGGCAGAUACUUUGAGCUCAUUGUCGCUGGUCGACCGUGUGGCGAGUUGCCUUUCUUUAGUGAUACCCGUCGCACGGCGACUGUUAAGGCUGAGCGUGAUUGUGUUGCUUGGUGUUUGACUGGUGCUCAGUGGAAGCUUUUGCAGGAGAAGGAGCCUCGUAUUGCGAGAGAGUUGUUGACUGUCAGUUUGAAGUUGACUACUGAGCGGAUGGAUUCUAUUACCUCUUAUGUCCUUACCAUGGCAGCUUAA